AUGGGGUCCUUACAUUACGAGUUCCUGACUUCACGGGCUCUUGACGUCCACUCUGAUCCCCUUGACCCCGGAGGAGUCGCCGGUGUAGGCCCCACCAGAAGCCCAGGAGCACCAAAUCCACCUCCGGAACCUGAUCCUCCACCUCCACCUGCUCCACCUCCAAGUCCGCCGCCUGAUCCUGAUCCACCGCCAAAUCCGCCGCCUGAUCCUGAUCCACCACCAAAUCCGCCGCCUGAACCUGAUCCACCACCAAAUCCGCCGCCUGAACCUGAUCCACCGCCAAAUCCGCCGCCUGAUCCUGAUCCACCGCCACGUCCGCCGCCUGAUCCUGAUCCACCGCCAAAUCCGCCGCCUGAACCUGAUCCACCGCCAAAUCCGCCGCCUGAUCCUGAUCCACCGCCAAAUCCGCCGCCUGAACCUGAUCCACCGCCAAAUCCGCCGCCUGAUCCUGAUCCACCGCCAAAUCCGACGCCUGAACCUGAUCCACCGCCUGAUCCUGAUCCACCGCCAAAUCCGCCGCCUGAACCUGAUCCACCGCCAAAUCCACCGCCUGAUCCUGAUCCACCGCCAAAUCCGCCGCCUGAACCUGAUCCGCCGCCUGAACCUGAUCCACCGCCAAAUCCGCCGCCUGAUCCUGAUCCACCGCCACGUCCGCCGCCUGAGCCUGAUCCACCUCCUGCACCUGAUCCACCGCCUGAACCUGAUCCACCGCCUGAACUUGAUCCACCCCAAAAUCCACCUGCGGAACCUGAUCCACCACCUGUACCUGCUCCUCCUCCAAAUCCACCUCCUGAACCUGAUCCACCACCUGUACCUGCUCCUCCACCAAAUCCACCUCCUGAGCCUGAUCCACCUCCUGUACCUGAUCCACCGCCUGAACUUGAUCCACCCCAAAAUCCACCUGCGGAACCUGAUCCACCUGAGCCUGAUCCACCACCUGUACCUGCUCCUCCUCCAAAUCCAUCACCUGAACCUGAUCCACCACCUGUACCUGCUCCUCCUCCAAAUCCACCACCUGAACCUGAUCCACCACCUGUACCUGCUCCUCCUCCAAAUCCACCACCUGAACCUGAUCCACCACCUGUACCUGCUCCUCCUCCAAAUCCACCACCUGAACCUGCUCCACCUGAACCUGAUCCACCACCUGUACCUGCUCCUCCACCAAAUCCACCUCCUGAGCCUGAUCCACCUCCUGAACCUGAUCCACCACCUGUACCUGCUCCUCCUCCAAAUCCACCACCUGAACCUGCUCCACCUCCUGAACCUGAUCCACCACCUGUACCUGCUCCUCCUCCAAAUCCACCUCCUGAGCCUGAUCCACCUCCUGUACCUGCUCCUCCUCCAAAUCCACCACCUGAGCCUGAUCCACCUCCUGAGCCUGAUCCACCUCCUGUACCUGCUCCUCCUCCAAAUCCACCACCUGAGCCUGAUCCACCUCCUGAGCCUGAUCCACCUCCUGUACCUGCUCCUCCUCCAAAUCCACCACCUGAGCCUGAUCCACCUCCUGUACCUGCUCCUCCUCCAAAUCCACCUCCUGAGCCUGAUCCACCUCCUGAACCUGACCCGCCACCUGAUCCACCGCCUCCAGAUCCUGAUCCACCCCAAGAACCACUGAAGGACCCUGAGGCACUUCCUGAUCCACCGGUUCCUUUAGAUCCACUAAUGGACCCGGAGGCACUUCCUGAUCCACCACUUCCUUUUGAUCCACUAAAGGAUCCGGAGGCACUUCCUGAUCCACUGCCUCCUUUAGAUCCACUAAUUGACCCGGAGGCACUUCCUGAUCCACUGCCUCCUUUAGAUCCACUAAUUGACCCAGAGGCACUUCCUGAUCCACUGCCUCCUUUAGAUCCACUAAAGGAUCCACUGGCUGAUCCAGACCCGGAUCCAGAUCCGCUGAAAGAGAAGGAUCCACUGGCAGAACCGCUUCCAGAGACUUGUUGA